AUUAGCUCCCUGUCAGAGCCUGCCAAAUGAUGACUUACCCACAGAAUGGCAAUGGAAUCGUCCGUCCCAGGUAUGGCUUAAAAGCCUGCAUUUUUCUGGAAACUGCAGAGACUCACAAGACUUUUGUUGCGUUCAUAUCGUGUCUAGGACUAAGUACAUCUACAACAUGAGCGGUCUUUCCGAAGGAGAAAUUGAAGAUGCCCGUGAGGUGUUCGACCUGUUCGAUUUCUGGGAUGGUCGUGACGGGGAAGUAGAUGCCUUCAAACUUGGAGAUCUUCUGCGAUGCCUGGGCCGCAACCCGACGAACGCCGUCAUUUCCAAGCACGGUGGCACCCAGAAGAUGGGUGAGAAGUCUUACAAAUUCGAAGAGUUCAUUCCACUGUACAAGGAGCUGUUGAAUGAGAAGGACACCGGCACCUUCGCCGACUUCAUGGAAGCAUUCAAGACUUUCGACCGUGAGGGACAGGGUUUCAUUUCCGGAGCUGAGCUUAGACAUCUUCUUACCUCUCUUGGCGAGAAGUUGACCGACUUGGAAGUCGACGAUAUCCUGAAGCACAUUGACCUUACCGAGGAUCUGGAAGGAAACGUCAAAUACGAGGAGUGCAUCAACAAAGUCAUGGCAGGACCCAACUAAAUGUUUUGUGUGAAAAGACAAUUUUGAAACAUCCAGUAUCAUUUUCAUCCAACCAACUGUGAAAUAAUGCAUACUUGAACAUUCAACAGCUGUCGAAUUUUUCGUGCUCAAGUGACAGUCCCCAAAUUUAGGAGCUCCUAAUGUUGUAGGCAAUGAACGGUUUUACUGGUCACGUGACCUAGUCUCUUUGUUUUACCAUCCUGUCCUAGUUAAGAAAACAACAACGCCAGAAUAAUACGAUAUAAUGAAAAAUGUAGAACCGUUCUUGCAAGAGUUUUUUUAAUUUAAAAGGCCUAUAAUUCGGCGUGUGUCUUUGUUAUGAUGUAUCUGUUAUAAAACUGUUGUUUUUAUAUUAUUAUUUAUUGACAUAUUUAUUAAUAUUUCAAAAAUCAAGUAACAACUUUAAUCGGUACCGAUUCCAGUUUGAACAGUGUCACGUGUCUCCUCAUGUGAUUUGUGACCAGAACUGUGAUCGAGUCAGCUUUGACACGUGUAUAAAUGAGAGUGUUUCCUUGUCUGUUCCUCGAUGAAUGUUAAGAAAAGAUUCUGAAAUAAAGUGAAUAUUUUCCCGA